UUUAGCUGGGUAGAAAUUUCCUUCAGACACCGGUUAAAGUUACUUAUGUGGAAGAAUGGCUGGAAUGGGAGUCUACAAACUGGACAACGACGGAGAAAGUUUCCCUUCAAACUGUUUUCCGAUAAGAUCAUUUUUUCAGAGUAAAGAAGGUACAGGACACUGGCUAGUAGCCCACAGAAGCAGCAUGGAGAAAAGCUACAGAAUACCCAAAAAGAAAAAAUCAGCAGAACACCCUGGCGCUGAACCAUCUGUUGGGUCAGAAAGUGACAAACUUGAGCUCAAGACUCUAAAGUGUGCAGACAACACCCUAAAUGGACAACUUUUGAUGGCGAUGCACUGUGUGGACAAGCCAUCUGACCUGUGCUCUGUUGACAUAAGUGAAAAGAAGCUUCAGCUGGUUGAACUACAGGAUUUAGAGGAAUUUGAUAGUGUUGCUUACAUCAAUGCCUCAGACAAUUGUUUGACCUUAGAGGCUUUUAGCAGGUUCCCUGCACUGAGGGAGUUGGAGCUCUCUUUGAAUGGCCUUUGCACUUUGGAAGUUAAUGCUGAAGUUUUCCCCAGAUUAGAGGUUUUGGACCUGUCCUAUAAUAGCAUAUCAGCUGAUGGUAUAUUAGCUGUUGGCCUGCUACCACGUCUAAAGGUGCUUCAUCUAACUGGAAAUAGCUUGAAAAUGCUUCCACCUAACAUGGCUGGCCCUUAUACAACUCCUGAUGAAAUGGCUCCUCAGUCCAGCUCACUGUUUGGGAGUCUUGAAGUUUUAAUGCUAGAUGACAACAAACUGUCUUCUCCUGGAGUUUUUAGCAGCCUUGCAAAUCUCAAAAGACUUCAGCAUUUAAACUUAGAAGGAAAUUACAUUUCUGAGGUCCCUUAUCUUGAAGAAAUGCCAUUGAUGCAACCACCAAAUGCCUCAGUUCUGGAGACAGAGGGCACUACAGAGGAUGUGAAUAGGACAAAAUGGCUUCCUGCUCUGCAAGUGGACCGACAAGAGCUUGUAAAUUGUGCAAAUGAGGAGGACAAGGAGGUUAGGCCGUCUUCCAAAGAUUUCUCCCCGCCAUUUCUGCAGCUUCGAUAUCUAAAUUUGGCCAGCAAUGAGAUAGCUGAGGAAGAGGCAUUGUUGGCUGUGGCAUUGUUUCCUAUGCUCAGCGAGCUUGUUAUUCACUCAAACCCACUGACUACACAAAGGAGCGGUGACCCACCAGUACUGACCUGUUUUCUUCAGAACAGAUUGGGUAUUAAUAUUCAACGCAAGAAGUCUGCUAACGUUGUUAAACCGCAUAUCAUGCUCCCUGUCUAUUCCAAAAGAAAGGUCAGAAGUAAAAUCCCAAAGGUGCCAAAGGUUCCCUUGAUCACAGCAGCCCUGUGUGUUUCAGAAAGCCCUUGCACAGAGAGAGAUAAUAAAAACAAAAGUCCGCUGCCAUCAGAGUGCAAGUCGAGUGAUGUAUUGCUCCCCUGCUUCUCACAAACCAGCACUGUGGAGACACGGGAAGACGUUGCUGCAGCCAGCGCGUCUGAACUUUUGGAAGAUAGAGAAAUCCAGCAGACUGAAGAACCAUUCUUUGUAACAGAGGUUAAUGACUUGCUUGAAACUGAGUAUCAGGAAAAAACACAGGAGACAGAGAACCUUACUCACAUUUUGAGACAAGAUACCAAAGACUGCGCCAAGAAUCUCAGAGGCUAUGAAGGCCUAUUGGAUGAUAAUCUGGACUUUGACAUGCCUGAACCAGUCGGAAUCCAACAAAGUGUAAGAGCCCUGGAGUACGCACUCAAGAACCUUCUUGUGUACAGAGAUUCUAAAGCAAAUCUGGAUCAUCUUCAAAGACCAUGUAGAGAACAGCCAAAACAGAAAAGGAAUCUGCCUCCUGUUAAACCAUACAAACCAAAAAGAGAGAAAGUUAAAGAAAUCCUCACUGAAAUGAAGGAGAGUAAAACAGUACAUGAAGUCCCUCUAGACAAAGUCAUCAGAGGCAAAGACACAUACAGAAAAGAAUAUGAAAAGGCACUGAUCUUACUGAAAGAUAUGAAGAGGAAGUACAAGAUGGUCCAUUUGAAAGCAAUGGAGCAAGCAGCACAAUUUGAGAGCAUCAGUCAGUACAAUGGAAAGUAAAAGGAACACAACUUGUCAUUAAAACCACAAUCAGGGACUGGUAAAACUAUUUUGUUUGCAUUAAUAUUAUGUGUAUUUCUUGUGGGGUUUAUACGUUAUAAAGAUUGUACUUUUUUGGCAGCUGUUUUUAUUGUGGAGCACUAUUCACAUUUUCAAUCUGCUGUUUAUAAAUGUGGUAAAUAUACAGUAUUGAAUGCUUUAAAUGUAACUAAUUAUGUUUAAUGCUGGCUCUUGCAGUCACAGAUUUAUCUCUGACUUAAGAAUGCAAAAAUGUGUCCGACUGUUUCUGUCAGCACUUUUGAAAAUUCACUGCAGGCCUGCCACUUCUGUUCUGAAAUUCCUUAUUGUGGCUUUAGCCUGUAUCAAGUUAAUAUGCGGUUUAUCUACAAAAAAAACCCUGUGAAAUAUCAGCAGAGCUCUUUCAUCUCUGCGUUAAUCACUGGAGUAUGUUUGAAUGAAGUCUGGGUAUGGGUAUGACAGCUGCACUGCGUGGGUAUAAAUAUCAUGUUCUGUAUUAGAAAUAAAAUAAGCUUUGCUUAUAUUACCAUUGCCAUGUGUCUUUUACAUUCAACGUUUUUACCUCAAAUGACUCUAACAAAUUAGUCCAAUAGUCAGGCAUAUUAUCUUCUUUUAAAG